UGUUUAUCAAGCAGAAGAGUUGAACGAAUUGGGUUAAGUACAUGCAUCAACUCUAAGUUGUAUACUUUUCUCGAUUAUAAAACUUCUCAUUUCUCCCACUGAUCAUUGAUUAGUAUUUCCUCUGAUCCCUUUAGACUGAUACGAUAUCCCUAUGUACUCUGUACUCCCGAAGCACUCCCCUUCGCUUAAUCCUUGCACAGACGUCAUCGCCGGUUGAUUAGGCUCGGGGCCGUAGUAACAUCCGUGUUCCGUGUUGCAUAGGUGUAUCCUCUUAGUACCAAUCGGUCUGGAAUCCUACGACAGUACAAAGUAUUUCCGUGGGAGUCGCCUCUGGUAUUUUCAUAUUUUCAUAACUAUCGACGAUUGCUUGUUUGAGACUCUCGCAUCUCGCAUUCUCUGGACGACUCUUCAUGGCUUCCUCACUGCGAUUGAUUAUCGAGGAUGGCCAUUUCCAGGACGUGCAUGGGAGACAUGUCCUGUUAAGGGGCAUCAAUGUCGCUGGCGACGCUAAGCUCCCUAGUCAACCCGACGUACCUUCGCAUGUCGCCCAAGAUUUCUUCGAUGGCGACAACGUCAAAUUUCACAGCCGGCCUUUUCGAAAAGAAGAUGCGCACAUUCACUUUUCCCGCUUGAAGCGUUUCGGGUACAAUACCAUUCGCUAUGUCUUUACGUGGGAAGCUAUCGAGGCUGCCGGGCCGGGGAGGUACGAUGAGGUCUGGAUCCAGCACACGAUCGAUGUUUUGAAAGCGGCCAAAGACUAUGGCUUUUACAUAUUCAUGGACCCUCACCAGGAUGUUUGGUCGCGGUAUUGUGGCGGAUCUGGUGCACCCAUGUGGACGAUUUACGCUUGCGGACUGAAUCCCCAGAGCUUCGCCGCCACCGAGGCCGCUAUCGUACAUAAUACGUAUCCCGACACCGAGAAUUUCCCAAAGAUGAUCUGGUCUACAAACUAUUACCGACUAGCUGCAGCGACGAUAUUCACUCUCUUCUUCGGCGGACGAGAUUUCGCCCCGAAAUGUAUAAUUGAUGGCAUUAAUAUCCAGGACUAUCUCCAAGGACACUUCAUACGUGCUUGCCAACACCUGGCGAACCGUAUACAUGAAGCUGGGGGCAUUGAAAAUGAUAUCGUUUUUGGGUGGGAGAGUUUAAACGAGCCUGGCAGAGGGAUGAUUGGGCACGUGGACUUGAGCGUCAUCCCAAGCGAACAACAACUCAAAAAGGGGUCGUCCCCAACCCUAUGGCAGGCCAUCCUGACGGGCUCCGGGCGAGCAUGCGAAGUUGAUACGUGGGAUAUGGGAGGUUUAGGUCCAUACAAGACCGGGCGCGUUUUGAUCGAUCCUCACGGCGAACAGGCGUGGCUACCAGCAGAUUAUGACGAGUCUCGAUACGGUUGGAAACGGGAUCCUGACUGGAGACUAGGGGAAUGUGUCUGGGCCCAACACGGAGUAUGGGAUCCCUCCACAGAUGCGCUUUUACGAAAGAACUACUUUGAGAAGCACCCAACCAGUGGCGAUAAACUGGACUUCCAUACAUUCACGAACACAUACUUCAUGGCGUUCUAUCGCAAAUAUCGGGAUGCUAUAAGGGGCAUCCACAAAGAUGCGAUUAUGCUGUGCCAACCGCCAACCCUAGAAGUACCCCCAAGUAUUAAAGGUACCGAAGAUGACGACCCGAGGAUGGUUUACGCACCGCAUUACUAUGACGGCAUCACUCUCAUGACUAAGAAGUGGAAUCGGACAUGGAAUGUAGACGUCUUUGGGGUUCUUCGUGGCCGUUACUGGCACCCGGCUUUCGCUAUUAAAAUUGGCGAGACGGCCAUCCGAAACAGCUUCAAAGAACAGCUGGCGGCUAUGAGGCAGGAAGGUCAGGACUAUAUGGGAAACCACCCGUGUAUUCUCACCGAAUUUGGUAUCCCAUAUGAUAUGGAUGAAAAAUAUGCCUACAAGACAGGCGAUUAUUCAAGCCAGUCCGCGGCUAUGGACGCGAAUCACUUUGCUGUUGAGGGGGCAUUGAUGGAGGGAUACACGUUGUGGCUAUACUGCGCGACGAAUGACCAUCAACGAGGUGACCAAUGGAAUGGGGAAGAUUUAUCCAUCUUUUCGGUUGAUGACCAGACGUUGCCAGUUUCUCCUCUCCCGCAUUCGCCUGAGCUCAAUCGGUCAACCUCUAGUCUCGCGAAAUCAGUUACUACUAGAAAAGAAGUUGAUGAUGAAUCCUCGGUGACUCCUGGUAAUUUGAAGCGUGUUAUGACAAACCCUUCAAUCGCGUCAACUCCGACGAGCCAAAAUCCUGAAUUGACUAACGCCCCCGGAUAUCGCGCUGCUGAAGCUUAUGUCCGCCCUGCACCGAUAACUACUAAUGGACCGAUCAUAGAUUAUACCUUUGACCUCAAGAAUUGCGAGUUCACAAUGGAAAUUGAGGGAACCAAGGCUGAAUCUGGAGAUUUCCCCACGACCGUAUUUCUGCCAGAAUAUCAUUUCCCCAAGGACCAAUGCAUCGUAACUGUCAGCUCGGGCAAAUGGGAGAUCAGCACAGACGAUGAAGAACGCACGUGGAUUCAAAAGCUCCGGUGGUGGCACGGCGAUGGUAAACAAAGUCUCAAAGUGACGGGCGUAAUACGCCCGCACAACACCCUGGCAGGCACAGCUGAGGAGGCCGGAUACCUACAGCAAUGUCAGGAAUCAUACAUGUCCAGCUUUAAAGAUUGUAUCGUCAUGUGAUCGGCGUCACGGUUGUGGAAGUAUAUGUGGAAGUAUAUGUAUUUAAUAAUUUUUGCGGCUUUUACGGCUGAGUUCUGCGAUGCUGGUUACUUUAAGUAUACCUACCUACCAGGUAUUCAUCUAGCUUGGAGGAUGCUCAUCAAGGUGUUGGGGGUUUUGGGUUGCACGGCUUACAAUGCCAGGCAUGUGAGACGAGGGAAUAAUCUCGAUCAAGACAAAUUAAACUGCAUGUCUCUGCGAUUCCGACGCUUUUCUGCAAGGCACAUCAGGUACCUAAGUCAUCUUAAAUGUUUUAAGAAUCGGCCCCCAACGGUGAACCCCGAAGUGUCUAAAGUAGCGAUCACAGACACGUGGAUGGAAUUUGCGAGAAACUCAAAGACGCAGGAUGUGUUUUAUACGUCGUCUUAGCCUUCGAUGUAGUGGCUCAGCUUUACUUGAGCCUCAUAAAGAUUACUACCACGA